AUGAAAUAUUCAACUUUAUUAUUAUUAUCCUCAGUUGGUGCUGCUGCUUUGGCUGCCCCAGCUAUUUCUAACGGUCAUAACCAUCAUCACGCCGAUGAACAAGUUAAAAGAGAUGUUGUUUAUGUUACACGUACCCAAAUUCAGUAUGUCGAUGCUCAAGGUAAUCCGGUUGAUGUUCUUUCUACUGCUACAGUAGAUACUGAUAGUACUGCUGCUGCUACUACUACUGCUGCUACUACUGCUGCUACCGCUAUUGAUGAGAGUGAUUUAACUGAAAACACUUCUAAUGCCAAUACAGUACCUACCACUUCUGCAGCUGCCACUACUUCUAAUGCCGCUACUACUACUACCAAUGCAGCAUCUACUACUUCUGCAGUUGCCACUACCUCCACUUUGGAGCCAACUACAACUACUUCUUCUUCUUCUUCUUCCUCCUCCUCUUCUUCUUCAACCACCUCUUCAACCGCUACCACCACCUCUUCCUCAAGCUCUGGUUCGACUAGUAUUGAUGGUGAUUUAUCUGACUUUUCUGGUCCAAGCGAAGAGUUUGAAGACGGUGUUAUUCCAUGUUCCGAAUUUCCAGGCGGUCAAGGUGUUGUUUCCUUAGAUUGGGUUGGUUUUGGUGGCUGGGCCAGUAUUAUGAAAUUGGAUGGAUCUACCAGUUCUAGCUGUGAGGAUGGUUACUAUUGUUCUUAUGCUUGUCAAGCCGGUAUGUCUAAAACCCAAUGGCCAUCUGAUCAACCAAGUGAUGGUAGAACUGUUGGUGGUUUGUACUGUAAUAAUGGUUAUUUAUAUAGAUCUAACACAGACACUAACUAUUUAUGUGAAUGGGGCCAAAACAGUGCAUAUGCCGUCAAUAAUGUUGAUCAAGAAAUUGCUUUAUGUAGAACAGAUUAUCCAGGUUCCGAAAACAUGGUUGUUCCAACUGUUGUUCAACCAGGGUCUUCAAAACCAAUGAGUGUCGUUGAUGAAGACACUUACUUUUUAUGGGAAGGUAAAAAAACUUCUUCUCAGUAUUAUGUUAAUAAUGCUGGUGUUUCCGUUGAAGAUGGCUGUAUUUGGGGUACAGAUGGUAGUGGCAUCGGUAAUUGGGCACCAGUUGUUUUGGGUUCUGGAUAUACCGAUGGUAUCAGUUACUUAAGUAUUAUUCCAAAUCCAAACAAUAAAAACCAACCAAAUUACAAUGUUAAGAUUGUUGCUACCGACGGUAGUUCUAUCAACGGUGAAUGUUACUAUGAAAAUGGUGAAUAUAAUGGAAGCGGUUCAGAUGGCUGUACUGUUAGUGUCACUUCUGGUUCUGCAAACUUUGUUUUUUACUGA